AUAUGUCUAAUGUCAUUCACAUCAUUUUAUUUUGUGAAAUCCUGAAAACGAGUUUAAUUUGUGAAAAUACAUUUAGGUUGUGGCCACGGGCAUGUGCGUGUCUUACUCUCGGACCGAUGUGUUGUUUGUCUAGAAUAUAAGUGGUUACCCGUUGUGUUUACAUGAUAUUCGAAAUUAACUUUUAGCAAUAUUAUUAUUCUCUGAGGUUUUUCUCAGUUUUUCUUCAUCUAGUGUUCAAAUUACUCGGACUGCAGUUUUUACCUCUACUUAAUGUAGGGACAUAAUGUGAUCUGUACUACAUUAGUGUUAAGUGGUCGAUUAUCUAUUUUGGACACGAUUUUGGUCUAAAUUUACAUCAGAGAGUGCUUCAUGUAUAUUGAAAAGCAGACGGACAAAUUGCAUUGAUGGCGUCCACCAUCGUCAAGAAGCACAGGUUGAAGAUCGCUUGACGACCGGACCAUGUUCCCCGCGCCGUCCAAUCAGAACGCCGUAACGAGCUUACAGAUCGAGGGGAACGCCAGCUUUAAUCAGUAGUCAUAGUUGCCUUCAAUUAGGUCCAAUCUCUUUGUUAAUACGGAAUUUUUCGGUAGUCAUUCUCUUUUUUUGGAUGAGUAAAAUAUUAUUAUAAUGGAGAAUACAGACGUAGAAAAGAAUUGCUCCAGUGAAGAUGGUCAGCUCACUAGGAAUAGGAGUUUCAAAUCGAAACAGCUCGUGCGCAGCCAAGCGAUACGCGAGUCCGCGUCGCCCCCGCGCACCGCCUCCCCCUACCCGCCCAGCCCGGAGGCUGCGGAGAGCGAGGGGGAAGGGGAGGGGGGGCGCACUGCGAGGUGCGCCACCAGCGUCAUCUGUGAUGAGGAGAAGUUGCCGGUGCAGAUACAGAUAACGUCUGGCGGUUGGGAGGUGGACAAUUACACGGAGCAGCGGCUGCGCACGCGCCGGUGGCUCGGCCAGCGGCCGCACUCGGACUCGUCGCGGGAUUUCCUCUCGUACAAUCCGAGGGUGACGUGCGUGUGCGGCAAGUGCGCAUGUCCGCACUGUAGGGGUAAAAGGAAAAACAUCUGUGCGAUGAAGCAAGAUUCGGGCAUCGUGUGCUCGGUGGACUGUCCCGAUUGCUCAGACUGUGAGAACAUAGGUACAAAUGGAAAAACGGAGAGCGUUGAUAUCGAUGAAAAUAUAUUUUACUGUAGGUGCCCGGAGCGAAAGGAAAAGCCAAAAAGUCUAUCUCUAAGUGGAAACGAUUCAGACGAGAAAUCCGAGUUAUCCGACCAUGAGUUGGUCAACUUUAUACGCGAUACGCUGAACAAGAACCCGAAAGAUAGGAUCACGCUGUUGAAAGUCGAGAGGGAGUUGCACGCGCUGGUGAACGACGUUGGCCGCUGCAUAGUCCGCUUCCCGGUGAUGACGUCAUACGGCCGCAUGCUCGUGCACCGCUGCGCCGCGCUGUUCCAGCUCGCCCACCACAUAGACCACACCAACAAGAACUGCGUCAUCGUCUCCAAGAGCGGUACAAGCGGAGGCAGGAUACCUUGCACCAGUUUCAAGCAGUGGUGUACUAGAGCCUUCCCAAAAUCUCCCCCUCGGAGACAUGACGACACGCUGGCGAAGUCGAUACUAAAACGUUGUGGCGCUGGUGCGCUAGAAGCGGGCGGGAGCGGGGCGGAUGCGCCGCGUAGCAAGUCGUUAGAGCAACGCGAGCGGGACUACGAGCGAGUGCGGCGCCGGAUAUUCAGCUCGGAUAACUGCACACAAGACGAAAACCAAUGGCCUUGGUUAUCAAGCGGACCCGUUAAGCUCUUGACUCCCGACGGUGGACGAAAUAAACUUGCAAAGGUGCAAUCACUGGAGUCGCGUGACGAGGGCGCGUCCCGCGGCGCCGUCGCCAAGAGCCACAGCUUCGGCGGCUACGAGCCCACGCAGCCGCGCCUGCUCAGUAGACAGGGUGACCUAGCGUCGAGCAGUUGGCGCCUGUCGCCCUCCAGCUCCGGAUACAAGACGUUGAGUUUGAGAAGCACCGACUCCGUCACGCCUUCGCCUACCGGUGGUGCCAGCCCCGAGCCGGGAAGCGAAGCGGCGACCCUCGUGUGGGCGGUGACAGACCUGUCAGCCGUACCACCUGGAGCUAUUGUCAUACAUCCACAGACAGGCAGACCACUGACGAACCCCGACGGCUCAAUAUACCACUUCGAUCCCGCGAAUCCGCCCGCUUUCUGCAAUAACCAGCAUAGUGAUAAGAAUGAUGCAAAUGAUAAGCGGAGAGGUAAAUUGGAAAAACAGCAUUCGUUCAUGGUCACAGAUUGCGAAUGCCCAACAAGCGAAUGCAGGAAGUGUUGCUGCGAAUGCAGGCAGAGUGGGCAGAAGUCGGUGGAGAAGACAACGCCGCAAGGGUCCAAAAGUAGCUCAGUACAAAGCAGCCCGGCGAAAACGCGCGCAUGCGUAGAUGCAAAAGAUAUACCCGUAUCACCGGAACCGGGCCAUAAAGUAGAGAGCAAACCGGUGUUCGAAGUGCAACCGCAGAGAAUAGAGAGCAGCAGACAGCCGGAGAAUUCAAAUUACGAACAGAAAUUCGAGAACAAAACGAUCGAAAUUCAAAAAUCGCCAGAGAACAAAUCGAAUAGAAAGUUCGAAACGCAAAAGUCGUUCGACGGUUCGCAAUUUGAAAACGCGCUGCCCGCGUCGCCGGCCAAUCAGAGGCAGCAGCAGACGGAUUCGCCGAAUCAACGCUACCAGAACUCGACCAAUCAGCGGCCGCCGUUUGAAAAUCGAACGUACGAGACCCAGCACCGGUUGAGUAGAACGCAAUCGCAGGAGCAUCAGCAGAACCAAGAAGUCGCUUAUAAUCAGAAUUAUGGGCAGGGAUAUAGACAUGAUGAGCUGACGUCACCGUCACAGGCGAUGGUCAGCUACCAGCCGGAGGUUGCCGAGAUCCAGGGCAUGAUGGCGCAAGCGAAACUCACGCCGGUGCCCAUACAGGACCCCAAUAUGCGUCCCGUUUCGAUGGCCAACGUCAUGUAUCCGGGACUGCCGCAGGGGUAUCCGUUCGUCAGUCAUUGCCGGAUCGAGCAAGGCAUGCAACCAAUCUACCAGCCGAUGGUCGAGGAGCCGAAACACUUGCCGCCGUCGCCGCACACCGACACCACUUUCAGGAUAGAUCCGAGUUAUCCAUACGCGACGGAAUUCAACGCGUACGGUGGAUGCUCGGAGUCGGUGCUGCAGCAGCGCGGCUACAACAUGGGCUAUGGCCAAGUGGAGGUUCCGGCCAUGGUGCCAUCGUAUCCCGUGCCGAAUGUGAUAUUGCAACCUCCAAUACAGCAUUAUCCGUACCAAGAACCGAUCCAGUGGCAGAACAUCCAGCAGCCGGUCGCCAUGGCAACGCCUGCGCCGAAACUGAUGCUGCACGACAUCUACCCCAUCGUGUGCCCCAAUGUGUACCAGCCAUAUAAUGUCGUCUAUCCGCAGGUGCUCCCCCAACCGUAUCCGGUGUGCCAGCCCGUGUAUCCGCUGCUCGAGAAGGCGCCGGAAGUGCUGCAGCGCCGCAGCACGCCGCAGAUGCGCAAGCGCAACUCGGCCGCCGGCUCGGCGAGGGAGACGCCGCACGAGAGGAGCGAGGGGGAGAGGGAGCCGGAGAUAGCGAAUAAGAUACAGCAGAUAAAGGAGCAGAUGGCUAUAAUGAACACGAAGGAGAAGAGACGGGAGGAGUUCAGGGGGAACGGCGGCAGCGGGAUCCUGGGCAGCUAUCCCGUGCACGCUUUCAAUGGCAGAGUUAACGGUCGGCCAAACGACGAAGCCCAGUUAAGUUCAGCCGCGCGCGCCAUCGUCAACUCUAUCAGGAACAUACAGGCGAAAAAUAAUUACACCGACGGCCGCAAGUACCACGACAGCCGGCCGGACCGGCCGUCCGACGGGCGCUACCGGCCGCGGCCGGACGACCGGGAGCGCGUCCGGCCGGCCGACCGGCCGGAGCGGCCGGAGCGGCGCGCCGGCUACAGGGACAACCCGUUCGCGGUGCAGUACCGCCCGCCGUACCUGCUGCGGCAGAUGUCACCCGGUACGUGGUGCAGGCGUUCGCCGGGGCCAGUCCAUCCAGUACUAAACCCACCUCGACGGCCGCAUCCAGAUAGAAAUCCCCGCCGCUAGAUGGCGCUCUCACAUAUCCACGUGCGAUAGUCGCAGCUUGUAGGUCGCGGCGGCUGUCGCGCGACUUUUUUGUCGCUGGCCGACUUUUUGUCGCGCGUUAACGGAGAUCUUGUACUUCGCGCUUUAUCAAAGUAAUGGAAUGUCGUCAAUAUUAAGUCGCGUUUUUGGACGAAAUGUACACAGAUAAAAAAAAUUGUAACAAGCUAAAAUUGGAAUGAUUUCUUUUUUCAAGAAAUGUGUAUUCACACAUAAAAACGUAAUUCACAUAAUAAAAACGUAAUAAAUUGUAAAUUUUCGUAAAUAUUGACAUUGUUAUUUGUUACAAUCAAACUCGAGAGACUUCUUUUUGUCUGUUUAUCAAGUGUUUAUGACAAAACGCCUGGACUGGGAGUUUUCACUUCUGUGACCAUUAACAGCCCCCACUUUCCAUUGAAACAGAUAAAUCCAUAUUCUUGUGUAGAAAUUUAUACUCUUCUACUUAAAAUACUUAGAUGACACUUGAAGUUCCCUGACGCUUACAGUCCACAAGUAAGACAAAAAAGUCGCGCGUCGAUCGCACAGUGUGUGCAAACCUUUAUAUUGCGUUCACUGAGAUGGAGAAUUGAGUAAGUGACAAUUUUUAUGUUUUCUAUGUAGAUUUUUUUUUAUAUUAUACAAAUUAUUACAUUGUUUUUUUCUGUAUAGCAAUAAUUGUAGUUGGAUGUGUGUCACUUAUUUAGUUUUUCGUGUAAAUAAAUAAACAAGUAGGUUGUAGGAUUUUUGAGUUUUUUUUUUUUUGUCUUUGUCUAUCAAAGGAAAGUAUUUUGGUUAAAAAAAAAACGGGGCUGCCUGCGUGUUUGACUGCGUUAAAGUUUUGUUUUAAACCGACUCUUACCAAAGAAGAAUUCAGAUGGAGAUUGCACUAAAUCUUUGGGUGGUUGAUGGUUAAAA